AUGCCACCUUCAGCUCCCUACACUAGUGCAUAUGGACAGCCUACGAACAGAAAGGGUCAUCCACUGACACCUGUGGAGAUGACAGGCGAGGAUGAAAAAAGGAUAAAUGCCGCCCGGCGGACAAUCAACCCCAUGUAUGAGUCGUCGGGUCUAAAGGCGUUGCAGGGAGAUUAUGGCUAUCAGGGAGAAAGACGUCAUCAAUUCCCGGCUGAUUCGCCAAUCAACCAUGGCACAAAGGCCACGCACGCCAAGGAAAAGACGCAUGAAAACCUGAAGGAAAGGUACACAAAUCUCGAGAGGAAGCAAGAGGACGUGACAAGCAAACUUCCCAGGAUGAUAGGGAUGGCCAAAGAUGCCGCCAAGGCUGCCGGAGAAGAAGCAGAGUUGCGUAGGAGGCAAGAUGAGGCAUACAUUGGUCACUAUCCCACCAAACGAGACCGGCAAGGACAUGUGAGAGCUGUCCGAGUGGCAGAAUCGCAGAAGGGAAGGUAUGAAGCAGACGCGCAGAGAUACGCCGAGGAGCUCGAGGAUUGGUAG